GGCGAGAAAUGUAGAGGUUGCCGUCUUGAUAAAUGUCUAAUUGAGGGAAUGGAUCCUUUAAUGGUUAAAACUACUGACAAGAAAUGUCGAAAGGAAUUUAUUGAAAUGUUGGAAAAACGCCGAAAUAAAUUACACAAAAAUAUCAACACUUCAACAAACAUUCAUCAACAAGACGAAUUAAAUGACGGAAACGAAUAUUUAAAGAAUAAUGAAGAUAAAGAUGAAAUUAUUUGUUCUGCUAAUAAAUAUAGAAAAUUAACAACCAAUCAAAUAAAAAAUAAAUUGGACAACAAUGACAAAAUAAUUAGUCAACAAAAACAAAAUUAUCUCUUGGUACCUUUAAAUGCAGAUAGCAGUCAAAUGGAGCAUUUAAUUCAAAUUUGUGAAGCACAAAGCCGAAUUAGAAAUGCAUUUAUGGAUUUUGAUGACCAACAAUUUUUAUCUCUAAAUUUAAAUUCUUUGAAAGAUCUCUUAACUAAUGGGCCAAAUAUUAUUUUAAAAGCAUCAGAAUUUUCGGUAAAUUUUUUAGAUAAAUACUGUCAGAUAAUUAUCCCCAUAGUUUUAGUUAGGUUGCCACUUGUUGAGGAAACACCAAAGCUUCUUAGUUCAACUGAAUUUUACGAAAUAAAUGCAAAAUUUGACCAAAUUAAUCAUCGAACAGUAAAAUGUCUAUUCGUUGAGAAACUUGUCUGUAUUGGAAUUUUUAAAUCUUUGCCUAUUUUUCCAAAACUUGAUAUUAAAGAUCAAUUAAUUAUUUUAAAAUAUGUGGCAAAUGCUGUAUUGAUGAUUUGCAAUUGUUUUAUUGCCUAUGAAUUGUGUUCUGAUACUUGGAUGAGAAAAGAUGGUUCUUGUGUAAUGGCUGCUUUCUCUGAUCAAUUUAAAUUCAAAACUGAUAAAACGUAAA